CAUGGCGCAUGGGCGACCUGAGUGACGCGGCGCUCGGCCGGGGAGUCCUGACCACAGUUGGGGCGUUGUUUCUGCUGUUCCUACUCUGGGUCAACAGUUACUCCUUUAUUGACGAAGAACUAGUCAUUCACGCGUGGCUGCCGAAUCCACAGUGGGCGCUUUUAUUUUGCGCUGUCUGGGGACUCUGUUUCGUCGGCGGCCUCAUGGCCUACACUCUCUACCACCUGCGACCCUACCUCUAAUCGUCAAACACCUACAACUCACACAAAUAUGUACUAAAUUGAAACAUAUAACCAUGGAGGUUGUAAAUAGAGAUCAAUGGAUCGUGAUCGGGAUUUCGGGCGUCACCUGCGGUGGAAAAACUACACUCGCCAACAAGCUCGCUCAAACUCUAACGCCGGUGUAUAUGUUUAAUCAGGACACAUAUUUCUAUCCGGACGACAGUCCACACCACGUACGCGUCGAGGGCAUGGAGCACAACAACUACGACAUACUGUCGUCGCUGGAUAUGAAGAGCAUGUACGCGGACAUGUUGUCGACGAUGCGCGGGGAUGACAAGGCGCAGUACAGCUCGACCGAGCGCGGCGCGCGGCUCGCGGCGGAAGGGAAGAAGUUCCUCAUCGCUGAGGGGUUUACCGUGCUCAAUUAUAAGCCGAUACUGGACCUUUGCGAUCUGAAGUACUACUUCGUGCUGGAGUUCGGCGAAUGCUUCGCGCGGCGCUCGCUGCGGCUGUACGACCCGCCCGACAUCCCCGGCUACUUCGAGCAGUGCGUGUGGCCCGAGCACUUGAAGUACCGGGCCGAGAUCGAGCUCAACCCUUCGAUAUGCCUGUUAGACGGCAAGGUGCCGGACCCGAUACGGAUCGUGCUAGCGGACCUGCAACGGUUCGGCGUCCCUCCCUCCUAGCGCGACCUCCCCUCCACGUAUUACCAUCUCACCGUAUUAUUAUAUGGAUACAUUUUAUGUAAGUUGUAAAAUUGUAUACUACACUUUUUUAAUUUUGGAUUUGUUUAUGUUGUUUCUACUCAGAAUCAAGAGUUUUUACAAUCCUAAUUAGAGAAAAAGUAGCCCAAGAGUUUUAUUUCCAUUCUGUUUGACGGUAACGGAAGGAACGAAAAAUUUAUGGACGUUUUGGUACACUUCUUUCUCCUAUUAUGAUCUAAAGAGCUCUUGAAGAAUAGAAAUAACAUAAUAUUUCUAAAUAAUAAAAGUACUUGUAUAAUGAGCGUUCGGCAAAAGACGGUGUUAAACUCCAAUACCAACGACAUUAAGUUGUGUGGAAAAUACAUCGCGAAAAAUUAAGUGUGAGCCAGUUUAAUCUGCCGCAGGGAUCAAUGUUAGGUAUUUAUGUCUUUGUUUAUUGAAGAUGUUUUCUGCUCUGCAGUUUUAUAUGAUCAAUUGAUCAUACAUAUAAGAAUAUUUUGUAAGCACCGUUAAUUGUGGUCUUUUGUGUAGUUGGUGUCUUGAGUUACUAAUGAUUCCAUCAAACUAAUAGGUGAUAUUUCCUGAGAUGAAUAGGUAAUUAAAAUCUAAAAUAAAGGAACGUAGUAUCUGCUCGUAUUAUAUAAUAGUAAAAUAUUACUUACACAAACUUAACUUCAGUGCCUUUGCAAUGUUUCGUAAUAAUUAUAGAUAGUGUUUUAGAGCCAAUUAAGAUAUUUAUUAUUUUAUUCCGCAUUGUUUAUGCAUGGUAGAGAUUGUAUGCUAUGUUGAUGGAUAUUAAUAUGCUGCCGUAUAUAACUUUUCUAUCUGUUUUCUAUAUGUUGUGAAACUUGUGAACAUGUACUGAUACAUGUUUUUGGGGUCUUAGAAUUUUAAGCGUUAUCGAAAUGUUAGUAUAAUAUUCCCUAUUAAAUUUAAUGAACUUAAGUUUCUGAACAA